GUUAUCGGUCACCGUCACCACCCAACCUCCUGCUAUAUCAUUAUAAUUGAUAUAAUAUUCAAAGAAACAGGCAACUGCUUAAUUCUGCUGAAUCGUCGUUGUUCCUGUUUGAUGGAGGCGCUGCCGCAGGACUGCUUGUCCCUCGUUAUCGCGCUAACUUCGCCAUGCGACGCUUGCUCCGCGGCGGCCGUCUCCACCGCAUUCCGCACCGCCGCCGCCUCUGACGCCGUCUGGGAGAGUUUUCUGCCGCCUGAUUAUCGCGACAUCGUAUCUAGAUCGGUUUCGCCGGUCAACCUCUCCUCCAAGAAAGAUGCGUUUCGCCGCCUCUCAUCCUCGCCGCUUCUCAUCGACGCUGGCAAAAAGACAUUUUCAAUAGAUAAAAAUAUGAACAAGAAAAUCUAUAUGUUGAGUGCAAGGGAGCUCUCAAUUGCUUGGUCGAAAAACUCUUUAUAUUGGUCGUGGAAACCGGUGGACCACUCGAGAUUCUCCGAGGCUGCGGAACUAGUAAUGGUCUCUUGGCUGGAAUUGCAUGGAAAAGUGAAUAUCGGAAUGUUGUCCCCAAACACGACUUAUAGAGCAUACCUCAUUCUUCAAUUGGUGAAUCGCGCUUUUGGAUUGGAUGUAGUUCCAUCCGAGGCUUCGAUUGAAAUCGGAAAUUACAAAAUGAAUAGAACAAUUCAUCUCGACAAAAAUCGUAGGCAUGGAAAUGGAGAGGAAGAUAACAUGAUUCAUCCACGCGGCGACAAAUGGUUGGAGGUGGAACUGGGAGAGUUCCAUAGCAAUGGGAGGAAGGAAGAAGAAGUGGUGAACAUUUGGUUUAGAGAAACAAAUGGUGUGCAUCUCAAGGGGGGCAUUGUUGUUGAAGGGAUUGAGCUUAGACCUAAAACUUGAGACUUCUUGGAAGCACUAUAAUUUUAAGCAUAGGAGACAAUUCAUUGUGUAAUUUCAUUCAGUCGGCACCAAAUAAUGAAGUUUUCUACUUGUGUCA